GAGCCGACGCCGCGUCCCCCUCAGCUCCGGCCGGGCAGCGCCGAUGCCGAGAGGGCCGGCCCGCCCGCCCGCGCUUGCCCUCAACCGGCCCGGCCUCUCGGUAACACCGGUGUGUCUCUGUCACAAACCGGGCACGCCAGAUGGGUCUCUCUAAGAGUUGAUGGGUCUCCGAUCGGGGAAGCGGCUUUCCUGAGCUAAGGACAGAGUCUAUCUCGAAUGGAAACCAUGUCCAUGUGUGGGAUAGAUGAGGACAUUCCUCAAGGCGAGCGGAAAACGGUCACCGAUUUCUGCUACCUACUGGAUAAAUCGAAACAGCUUUUCAAUGGCUUAAGAGAUUUGCCCCAAUACGGGCAGAAGCAGUGGCAAUCUUAUUUCGGCAGGACCUUUGAUGUUUACACCAAGCUCUGGAAAUUCCAGCAGCAGCAUCGACAAGUUCUGGACAAUCGGUACGGCCUGAAGCGCUGGCAGAUCGGAGAGAUAGCCUCCAAGAUUGGGCAGCUUUAUUACCACUACUACCUUCGCACCUCUGAAACCAGCUAUCUGAACGAAGCUUUCUCCUUCUAUUCUGCGAUACGGCAGAGAUCUUACUACUCCCAAGUCAAUAAGGAAGACAGGUCAGGCUUGCCUGAGCUGGUGGUUAAGAAACUACGUUAUUACGCCCGGUUCAUCGUGGUUUGUCUCUUACUCAACAAAAUGGUUGUAGUCAAGGAUCUUGUCAAGGAACUCUCGGAUGAGAUCGAAGAUUACACCCACCGUUUCAACACCGAGGAUCAAGUCGAGUGGAAUCUUGUCCUGCAAGAAGUGGCCGCUUUCAUUGAGGCAGACCCAGUCAUGGUCUUGAAUGAUGACAACACUCUGGUCAUCUUGUCCAACCGCCUGUCGGAAACAGGAGCCCCUUUGCUGGAACAAGGCAUGAUUGUGGGGCAGUUAACGCUGGCCGACGCCCUCAUUAUCGGCAAUUGCAACAAUCAGGUGAAGUUCAGUGAGCUGACCAUCGACAUGUUCCGCAUGCUUCAGGCGCUGGAGAGGGAGCCCAUGAACCUUGCGACACAGAUGAACAAGCCAGGGCUACAGGAAAGCACCGAAAAACCAGCCAGAAGAGAAAACCCUCACAAAUACUUGUUGUACAAGCCAACUUUCAGCCAGCUCUACACGUUCCUUGCAGCGUCAUUUAAGGAGCUGCCUGCCAACAGCGUGCUGUUGAUCUACUUGUCAGCCACCGGAGUCUUCCCUUCAGGUCGUUCGGAUAGUGAAGGUCCCUACGAUUUUGGGGGCGUCCUGACAAAUAGCAACCGGGAUAUCAUAAACGGGGACGGAAUCCACAAACGGAACCAGUUGUACAAGGAAAUGCAUUGCUUGCACCCUGGUGAUCUCUACCCUUUCACCAGGAAACCUCUGUUCGUCAUAGUGGAUUCCUCGAACAGCGUUGCCUACAAGAAUUUCACCAAUUUGUUCGGGCAGCCGCUGGUCUGCUUGCUUUCUCCCACCACGUAUCCGAAAGCGUUGCAAGAUCAAUCACAACGAGGAAGCCUCUUCACUUUCUUCCUGAACAACCCUCUGAUGGCAUUCCUGUUUGUCUCCGGAUUAUCCAGCAUGCGCAAAGGACUCUGGGACAAAUGUCACGAUUACCUUCGUAAAAUCAACCGGGAUAUUGCACAACUCUUGACUCAUUCCCGCUCGAUAGACCAGGCCUUCCUCCAGUUUUUUGGAGACGAAUUCCUGCGCUUGCUUCUAACGAGGUUUAUUUUCUGCUCAGCCACCAUGAGAAUGCACAAAAUCUUCCGGCAGGAAACGAGGAAUUAUCCCGAAUCGUACCCGCAGCUGCCCAGGGAUGAAACCGUGGAAAACCCACACCUCCAAAAGCACAUUUUGGAAUUGGCUUCAAUAUUGGAUGUCCGAAACGUAUUUUUGGAGACCACCCUCGACGAUUAUUAAGUACGGAGAAACACAUCAUCGUCUGGAGGUCUUUUAAACCCUCACUGCAAAAAAAAAGAAAAAGGGGUGUUUUUUUUGGAAAUGGUGCAGUUUUCUAAACGUGAACAUCCACGCACGCACACACACGCACGCACGCACACACACACACACACACAGAGACAAAGGAAUUUACUUGAGUUUUAUUUUGGAACUUGACGGUGUUAUAUAUAUAUUUUUUUCUUUUUUUAAAAAAAAGGUAAAAUGGAAAGAAAGGAGGGGGGCACUUGCCCAGCUGUUCUGUUCUGCAUGGAUUCGAUUUUGAUAAAAAAAAGGAAGAAGAAAGAAAACAACCCCCGGCGCACACACGAAAGUUUUACAAAUUUUAGACUGAAACAAUCUGGUGGGUUUUGAAGCUUUUUCGUUUGUUUGUUUUUGUUUUGAGUUGGAAGACGUCACUGGCCACACAACAACAACAACAACACCCACCCAUUGAAAUGCAGCCAGUCACUUUUAAGCCCUCGUUGUGCAAAUCCUUUAUUUUUGUACUGUUUUUAAAAAUCCAAAAGCAAAAAAAGGAAAAAAAAAGAGGAAAAAAAAAAAGAACAGAGGAGGGAACCAAAAAAAAAACACAAAAAAAUCCCCAGGAAAAAAAAAUAUGAAUCUUCUAUUUCCCCAAAGAUUUAAAUCCUGAACGGCAGGACUUCAAAUGGUGCAAAGCGGACAGCAAUAAGCGUGAGUCGAAGUCAAUAGGUUUCAUUAAUACGUCCCCCCCUCAAAAAAAGAAUCCGGCUCAGUUGAAGAGAGAUGGUUGUGUAAACUUAAGAACAUACAGCGCUGUCCAUAAGUUUUGUGGGGUAUUCCUUUUUUCCUUCUUUUUUUGAGAAAUCAGCCUAUAUCGCACAUGGGCUAAGGAAGCUGGACUUUGUCCCUCAAAACCUAGAAUUUUGGCCCAUUAUCACAUCCAAAGAUUAUGAACCACCCUCUGUGCAUCCCUUCAGUUUGGGCUUUUAAGUCACAAGGAAAAAAACAAAAAACAAAAUUCCACCCCUUUCUCUGAACGCAAACCAUGGUCAAUUCUCACCGCAAUAUGGAAGAUUCCCCGGUCCCUCCACCUCAACUUCUGAAAGAGCGGCUUUCAUCCCGUUCGUCCUUUGAGGGCGGAAGUUCACCCGGUGAAGAAAAGAGAGAACAAUCACUGCCUCGCCUCUGUGUUCAAGCUGCUCAAAAGAGGGGGGAAAAAAUUUAAGAGGAGGCUCCUCAUCUCACCUUCUUAACUGCCAGCGAGAAAUGUCUACCUUCCAGAGCUGUUGCUAGACAAAGAGAAAGACGAAUAAGACUCGUGGGGGACUGUAAGACCUCAAGAGGAAGCUUUGGUGUGAUGAAUUUUUGGGAAAAUGCGAGGAGAAGACGACAACGGUCUUCACCAUCUGGUUUUUUUAAGGGGCAAACAACUCAAGAAGCAAGACCUAUCUCCAAAGCUUUCAUGGAAGGACCUCAAGUUUGCAUUUCUUGGCCUACAAUCUUGGCCUCCCAGUGAUUUGGGCUUGACGCAACAGUGGUCCUGAAGGAUAAUGUUGAAUGCUUGGAGCCCAGCGAAGAAGUCCUCUAGAUGGGAAAAUGGGACAAGCAUCUUCAGACAUCAAGAUUGAGGAGGAGAUCUGAGGGAAUCAUGAUGUGGGCUUGGUGUCCAUGUGCUGCUGUUUUCAAAGACCCCCAUCCUAUGCUUUUUUCCCCCUCCCCCUGCCAAAGGAGUACAUUGAUGAAAUCCAAUGUAUUUGGACUAAGCUAGAGUAAGCGCACAAGUCCACUGUUCUUCUUUUUUUUAAAGGGCGGUAGGGAAUCUCCGAGGAAGCAUAUUCCCCGAUAUAUUAAGAGGUUGCUUUUGAAAAGUUGAGAAGCUCACCUUGAGCAAAUGGGAUCCUUGCGGUAGCUAGGGUGGAACAAGUCUGGAAGGAGGAGGACCGAGAAAGAAGGAGUCCCUUCUCUUGAUCCAGAUGCCCAAGGAAAUACAGUUUUUAAUCUCAACAUCUGCUUCUUCCAGGGGUCGUACAAGCCGCUUCGCAAGCAAGGACACGGCACCUGGCCCUUUUGAGAAGUAGCAAGGUUGGGAAGUGGUUGCCGUCAUGAAGAAAGGCAACCUUGGGAGAGACAGCAAGAAGGUGCCUUAGGGUCGGGCCUAAAGUGCAAUGAAGAUACGAUAGGUGUUGAGUUUUACUUUUUUCCUUUUUGAGGAAGAAAAAGAAAG